AUUUUAGGACAAUCGUCCCAACGCAGUCGAAUUGACUCUGAAUUUCGCGUUUGACCAUGAUGCAGUGGAUUCAUUUUGUAUCUUUUAUUUCUCUUCGCUAUCUUGUUUCGAAAGUGGGCACCGUACAGUAUUCGAAUAGAUGGUCAGUUCAAAUUGAAGGUGGAAACGAAGAAGCAGAUAGAUUGGCGAGUAAGCAUGGUUUCAUAAACGAAGGCCAGAUUCUGAAUAAUUACUACAGUUUUCAUCAUAGGAAGGUUAUGACAAAAUCCAGAGUACCUGCUACCCAUGAGCAGGAGGGAAUUUCUGCUGAGCCAAAUGUUAAUUCAGUGCAGCAGCAGGUAGUAAAGACUCGUAAGUGGCUAUCAACAUCAACAUCAAAAUCUACAGCAACAUUCCCACCAAGGGAUACAAAUUGGACAGCUAUGUGGUACAUUAAUAGAGAUGAUGGCCCAACCUACAAUGUGAUUGAAGUUUGGAAGAAGGGCAUAACUGGCCAAGGUGUUGUGGUCACUGUGGUAGAUGAAGGAUUUGACCCAAAUCACCCUGAGAUUAAAGACAACUAUGAUAAAGAUGCAAGUUGGGAUUUGCUAGAAAAUGAUACCUCUCCUCUGUCAAGGGACAAAUUACUACCUCAAUAUGGGCAUGGUGAAAACUCUGCAGGUGUCAUAGCUGCUGUGGCAAAUAAUAAUAGGUGUGGAGUGGGUCUGGCGUACGACGCAAAAAUCGGAGGUAUCCGGCUGUAUUAUGAUGAAAUGGCUACAGAUGCUCAGGAGGCCAAAGCGCUAAGCUUUAAAAGAAACCACAUUGAUAUUUACUCAAACAGCUGGGGACCAGAAGACAACGGUUAUGAAGUUGACGGCCCAGGCCGUUUAACACAGAUUGCAUUAGAGGAAGGUGCAGAGAUGGGUCGAAAUGGCAAAGGUUCAAUCUAUGUGUUUGCCGCAGGAAAUGGAGGACGCUUUGUUAAGGAAUGUUGUCCAUUUAAUGGUUAUGCCAACAGUAUUUAAACAAUUGCUAUAACAGGUGUUAAGAGUGAUGGUGUAGUUCCGAGCUAUGGUGAACACUGCGCAGGGAUUAUGGCAGUUACCUAUAGUCGGAGUACCUUUGGAAAAGAUACAAGUCCAGUUGUAACUGCGGGUCUUGGAGACAAAUGUGACAGCACUUUUGGGGGUAGUUCAGCAGCGGCAGCUAUGGCAUCUGGACUCAUUGCUCUAACGCUAAGUGCGAAUAAAGAUCUCACAUGGAGGGAUGUUCAGCACAUUAUUGUGCGCAGUGCUAGACCCGCUGCUGUGAAAGGUGUCAAAGAAGGCGACUGGACUGUGAAUAAAGUUGGUUUAAGGGUUAAUGACUACGUUGGCUUUGGCCUGAUGGACGCUAGCAAGAUGGUUUCACUGGCAGCUAAUUGGUCAACGGUGCCAGAAAAAAGCAGUUGCACGAUCGAACGCAUUGGUGUAAAGAAGCCAAUCCCGUCCUAUGAGCCGUUGGACAUGGCAGUUGAUUUGACAGACAUGGAGAGCGUUUGCAAUGGAGUUAUGAUUAAGUUUUUGGAGCAUGUGGAAGUCAAACUCAACCUGAACUAUACCCGCCGUGGAGAUUUGGAGAUAAAAUUAACAUCACCAAGCGGAACUGAAACCAAUCUGACACAUUAUCGACUCUCUGAUAGCUUUUUCAAAUUAAAAGAGUUAAAGAAUUGGGUCGUCAUGACAUUGCAUCUUUGGGGUGAGACUGCGAAGGGAGAGUGGAAACUUACGAUAAAGAACUCACAAACGCAGCGUGCCAACAAAGGAAUCCUUUUUGACUGGUCGCUGAUUUUACACGGAACGAAAGAUAACCCACUUGAUGCAAAUACUCAUUUGCCUCAGGUGCCAGAUAGCCCCCAUCCAGAGGAUCAACCAACAACACCUACGCCCGAAGCAGGUUUCUCUUGGACAAUCAUUGUAGUUUCGGUAACUAUUUUGGUAAUUUUACUCGUCACUUUUUGGAUUUGCAUUAAAUGUGGUUGGAGGUUGGUGAUGUGGAAACUGUUGUGUCGGGUACACUGUAGCUGCUCGAAGUUAAGUCAUGGGAAUCCUGUUGGAAGUUAUCACUCAGAGAACCAACCAGAAGCCACAGGAAAAGCCACCUCAGUAUAAUUGGACUUAAAAAAUUCAACACAAAAAGGAUAAGAGGGAUAAUUAAGACUAUGACCUCAAGAUAUUUGGCGCGAGAGUAUGCUCGUGUGUAUCCAGUGGAUGAUAUCUGCUGUUUCGAACAAUGUUUCCGACCUUUGUCGCAUGUAAUGCUGAUGCUGUCAAAUGUGUGACCAAAUUUCAUCCUCAAAUAGAAGCUAAUAAGUUCUUAAUAAUUUAAGUUAUUACGCGCGCUCCCAUUGAUCAAUAGGUUUAUUUAUUUGAAACUAUCAAAGCGCGGCUGUGACGUCACCCCGUCUGUGUUCCAAAUGACGUUUGACACCAUUUACAAAAGAAAUGGAUGACUUUUUUCUCCGUGUUUGCAUAGUCUCAUCUAAACACUCGGCGGGAGUUGGGAAGAUUCGAGAAAGUUAUAUAAACCCCCGACUACGUCUUUCUCGAAUUCUCCUAGCCCAUUCUAGAUAUACACAUAGAUAUCAAAGCUAUAAGAGGCUUUUUUCGUGUUUACAAAACCUCUUCUAAACUGUAUGGAUGAACAGGUAUAUAAUCCCUGAUGAGUGAGCAAUCGCGAAACAGGCUUGUAGGGAUGAAAGCGUAGUCUAUGUAUGUUUGCUAACUCAACACACACACGCGCGCGCGCGCGUGUGUGUGUGUGUGUGUGUGUGUGUGUGUGUGUGUGUGUGAAGGAGGUCUGUGUUUCGAUGUUUCCGUAUAGCAGUGCUUGAUACAUAAAAGUAGCGCGCGAUUUCUGUUGAGUAGAAAAAUACAAAAAACUACGCUUUCAUCCUUUCAAGCCUGUUUCGUGAUUACUCACUCAUCAGGUGAUAUAUCUGUUAGAAAAAGCUUGAAAUGUUCAUGUUGUGCUUAAAAUAAUUUGUUUUAAGCGAGCCAAGCUUGCAUUUUAAAGCGUAAAAAGAAACGAGAGUGAGAAUUCGAGGAGUCCUCUCACGUAUGUUGCUUUUAAAUUAUCACUGUGAAUCAUUGUUACUAAAUGACAGAUGAAAAUUACUCUUUUGUAGGUUAAUUGGUUAUGGUGGCCAACAAUGGCCUCUAUGUGGUUUUACGUAGCUCACAGUUUUCCUCGAGGAUCGCUUUAGUGAUUGCUCCGAUUAAAUUAUUUGAGAUUGACGAAAGAACUAUUUUAAUAUUUAUUUGUAAAUUAAUAAAAUGAAAAUUC